GCUCCGUGCUCGUGCAGGUCCUGCUCCUGCCGAGGGGUCCAGGCAUGGCCGCCUGGGAGCUGAGCCCCGCGGCGAGCCCUGGCAGGCGGCGCUGGGCCGAGGAUGACGAGGCUCCCGCCGUGCUGGUGCUCAGCCACUUCUCCCGGCCGCCCUACCUCAGCUUCGGCAGCCUGCGAGUCGGCGCCUCCCGCACGCGGCUGCUGGGCGUCCAUAACCCCAACGCGGAGGAGGUCGAGGUGGUCGUGGAGCGCGUCCCGGCGCCCGCCCGGGGCUUCAGCCUUGAGCGCCGCCGCUUCUCCGUGCAGUCAGGACAAAGCAUCUUUGUGUCUGUAACAUGGACACCAUUAGAGGAGGGCAAGGUCAGAGAACUGAUAACUUUUGUUAUUAAUGGCAUCGUAAAGCAUCAAGCUGUGCUCUUGGGUGUUGCUGAACAGCCCGUGAAGAAAAAAAAGAGUCUCUGGGAAACUAUAAAAAAGAAGAACAUUGCAGAAACAUCGGCUUCAAUAAAAGUUAGAAAAAGAAAUUCAAAAGUUAAAAAUGUUAAUAAAACCUUUCAAGUUUCUCAGAAAGUAGACAGACUAAGGAGCCCACUUCAGUCAUGUGAAAAUCAGAACACAGUGGAAAAUAGUACAUCCCCUGGAAAUGACUCUCUUGCUGGCUCAGAAAAUAAAUUGCCUUUAUCUCCUAUUUCACCUGUGCUAGAGGAACAUCAAAAUACUGUUUGCACACCACUUUCAAUGAGAAGAUCUACUACUUUCUCAGAUAUUGCUGCUGCUGUACGUGAGGAGUUACUGCCCGAAAUAGACAGCUAUAUCAAGAAAUCUGUUGAUAACCAUGACGAAUUGAAAUCUGAAAGUGCAUACAAUUUUACUGGAUUAGAAAAACCACUACUUUCAAAUAAUGAAGCAAUUCUUAAUUGCACAAUCUCACCUGUUUGCACUCCAGAACAUUCGGCAUCUGUGCCCAUUUUAAGUACAAGGAGAAUUUUAAGUCCAGAUUCUUUUGUAAAUGACAAUUAUCAUGCUGAUGUAGAUACAAUAGAGCAGUGUGUUCCAAUUCUGUCACCUGAUCAGUUUGUGAAAGACAGCUUGUCAGAUGUACAAUCAAAGACUCCUAAACCUGAGACGGCUUUAAUAUCUUCUGCUAUGGAAACUUAUGUCGUGAAGAAAUGUUUGCCCCCAAAAUGGAAAAAUAAUGGAGACAGAGAGACAAAAGCACAAGUCCACGUAAACUACAUGUUAAAUGAAGUUUUUGAGGCACGUAACGUAGAAUCACAGAUACUUCAUUAUAGCAAACCCAAAGAAAAUCAGUCCAAUUUUCCUUCUACAGAGGAGCUCCAGACACUCAAUUCUCAGGCAGAGCAAACAAAAAAGCGCCCGGUUCUUUCUGCCACAGUCAUCAAAAAUAAGCCUGAUACUGGUGAAGGAAGAAGAAUGGAAACCCUCCAGCCAAAAUCUAAAAAAUGCCUUAAUAGCGCAAUAAUGGAUUGUGAAAAUGUGGUACCUGAAUAUACAAAGGUAGAAAUAUCUAAACACCUUCCAGUUAUAGAGACAGUUUCAGCUGGAAAUAAGCAUCACAAUGAAAAAAUAAGUUCACAUCCUACUAGAUCAACUUCUUUGUGUCGUAAGAGGAAAAGUGAAAUAUAUAUAGAAAAUAAUAGAGUUACAGACCCACCGUAUGCGGAAGAAGUGGAAAGAAAAAGAACUCUAACUAGUGUGGACAAUAAAAAACGUACCACUGUGACACCAUCGGCCUUCAAACCUACAAACCAAGAGAGAAUAGGGCUGAAAAAGAAAGCUGGUUCUUCCCUUCAGAGAGCAUCAAAAACUGCCAAUAAAAUUAGUAAACCCAUUGCUGGAUUGGCUCAGUCUCACCUGACAUUUUUGAAACCAUUGAAAACAGUCAUUCCUAGGCACCCAAUGCCUUUUGCAGCUAAAAAUAUGUUUUAUGAUGAACGUUGGAAGGAGAAGCAACAACGAGGUUUCACAUGGUGGUUAAAUUUUGUACUUACCCCUGAUGACUUCAACGUAAGAACAAACACCUCACAAGUAAAUGCAGCUGCUGUUAUCUUGGGAGAAGAGAACCAUCAUAAAACCAGUGUUCCUAAAGCACCAACAAAAGAUGAAGUAUCUCUAAAAGCCUAUACUGCUCGUCGUAGACUGAAUAAGUUACGACGUGAUGCUUGCCGUUUAUUUACAUCUGAAAAAAUGGUUAAAGCUAUUAAGAAGCUGGAAGUCGAGAUUGAAACUCGACGUUUGCUAGUUCGUCGAGACAGACACCUCUGGAAAGAUGUAGGAGAGAGGCAGAAAGUCCUUAACUGGCUUUUAUCUUACAACCCUUUGUGGCUGCGUAUAGGUCUGGAGACUGUUUAUGGGGAACUGAUAUCUUUGGAGAGCAAUAGUGAUGUUAUGGGUUUGGCAGUAUUUAUUCUUAAUCGCUUGCUCUGGAACCCUGACAUUGCAGCAGAAUAUAGACAUCCCACUGUGCCUCACCUUUAUCGAGAAGGUCAUGAAGAAGCUUUGUCAAAAUUCACACUGAAAAAAAUGCUGCUGUUAGUUUGCUUUCUGGAUUGUGCCAAACAGUCCAGACUGAUUGACCAUGACCCUUGCCUCUUUUGUAAGGAUGCAGAGUUCAAGACGAGUAAAGACAUUCUGCUGGCAAUUUCUCGAGAUUUCCUGAGUGGUGAAGGUGACCUUUCCCGUCAUCUUGGUUUCUUGGGACUACCCGUCAGCCAUAUUCAAACUCCACUUGAUGAAUUUGAUUUUGCUGUAACAAAUCUGGCUGUGGACUUACAAUGUGGUAUUCGUCUUGUGAGAGCAAUGGAACUUCUCACCAAAGACUGGAAUCUUUCAAAACAGUUGAGAGUUCCUGCAAUAAGUCGUCUACAGAAGAUGCAUAAUGUUGAUAUUGUUCUUAAUGUCCUUAAAGAGCGAGGAAUUCACUUGAAAGAUGAGAGUGGUGCUUCAAUUGACUGUAGGGAUAUUGUGGACAGACACAGAGAACGAACAUUAGCACUGCUGUGGAAAAUUGUCUUUGCUUUUCAGGUGGAUGUUUUUCUUAAUCUGGAACAGUUAAAAGAAGAAAUUGCGUUUUUAAGGAAUGCAUAUAAGAUAAAAACACAAUUGGGCACUCUCAAACUUUUUUCAAAUUGUUGUAGAAUACAAGAAGAUAACAGUCAUAGCUCCUCACUUCAAAAUCACAGUGAAAACGUGAAGCUGCUGAUGGCAUGGGUUAAUGCUGUUUGUGGAUUUUACAAUAUCAAGGUGGAAAAUUUUACAGUCUGUUUCUCAGAUGGUAGAGUACUGUGUCAUUUAAUUCAUCAUUAUCAUCCAUGUUACGUGCCUUUGGAAGCUGUGUGUCAACGUACAACUCAAACAGUAGAGUGCUCAAGAACUCAUAUGGUGGGACUAAACUUAUCCUCAUCCUCAGAGUCUGAUACUUCUCUAAAUGUUACGGAAGGAACAUUUGACCAAACCUCAGUCAUGUACAAGGAAUUGUUAGACAAUGAGAAGAAGAACUUCCAGCUGAUCAAUACUGCAGUUUCUGACCUAGGUGGAAUACCAGCAAUGAUUCAUCACUCAGACAUGUCAAAUACAAUACCUGAUGAGAAGGUUGUUAUUACCUACCUAUCAUUUCUGUGUUCGAGGCUUCUAGAUCUUCGGCAAGAAACUCGAGCUGCUCGAUUAAUUCAGUCUGCUUGGAGGAAAUACAGGCUGAAAAAGGAACUGAAACUUUCUCAGGAAAGAGACAGAGCUGCUCGGAUAAUUCAAAAACAUGCAAUAAACUUCUUGUCUCAUCGACGUAUCUUGAGGAAAAACAAUGCAGCAGUGUUCAUCCAGAAGCACUGGAGAAGAUACUUAGCCAGGAUGAAGUUUUUAAAUCUAAAAGAGACAAAACUGGAGGAAACCAGAAGUAAAUCUGCCACAGUAAUUCAGGCUUAUUGGAGGAGAUACUCUGCUAGGAAAAAGUAUUUGCAGCUAAGACAUUAUGUUAUCUUUGUACAAGCAAAGAGAAGAAUGGUUAUGUCUGUUUCUGCAUAUAAACGAAUUGUUUGGGCUACUGUUACAAUUCAGAGACAUCUGCGAGCAUCUAAGUUGGCAAAAGAAGAUCGACAAAGAUAUGAAAUCUUAAAGUCUUCAGCACUUACUAUUCAGUCUGCAUUCAGAAGAUGGAGACAACACAAAAUCCGGCAAAAAAUUAGAGCUACUUUAGUGCUCCAGACUUAUUUCCGAAAAUGGCAAUCUUCAAAACUGGUUAAAAGAAAGAGAGCUGUCCUUGUCUUGCAGUCUUGGUACAGGAUGCACAGAGAUCUGAAGCGUUAUCUACAUAUUAAGCAAAGCGUUGUCAAGAUUCAAGCAUGGUACAGGUGUCAGAUAGCUAGACGUAUUUACCAGCACCAUAGGGCACAAAUAGUGACCAUUCAGCAGUAUUACAGAGCUUAUAAAUUAGGAAAAAAUGAGAGAGAGAACUACUUGCGAAAGCGUGCAGCUGUAGUAGUUCUCCAAGCUGCUUUUAGAGGCAUGAAUGCACGUAUACUAUACAGGCAAACCAAAGCAGCUUGUGUUAUUCAGUCACUAUGGAGAAUGAGACAAGAGAAACUAAGAUUUUUACAAUUAAAAAAACACAUUACUACCUUGCAGUCACAUGUGAGAAAAUACCAACAGGUAAAAAGAUACAAAGAGAUGAAAAAUGCUGCUUCUGUAAUUCAAGCUUGGUAUAGGGCAUGUGUGGAUUCUAAAAGAGCAGCCUUGUCUUUCCAGAGGAUGCGUCUGGCUACUAUUGUCCUACAGUCUGCCUACAGAGGAAGGAAAGCUAGGAAAGAGGUGUACAUGUUGAGAUCUGUGAUAAAAAUUCAGUCAAGUUAUCGUGCUUAUAUUGUCCGAAAGAGUUUUAAAGACUUACGAGAUGCAACAGUGAAAAUACAAGCUUUUGUAAAGAUGAGACGAGCACGUAGGCAUUAUUGUGCGUUACUGGAGGCAACACUUUAUGUCCAGCAAAGGUAUCGGUCUCAUAAAUACGCUCUUCAAGUUAAAGAAGAUUAUAGAAAAUUGAAGGACGCUUGCAUAAGAAUUCAAGCUGUAGUUCGAGGCUAUCUUGUCAGGAAACAAAUACAAAAAUGGACAGAGACUGCAGUAUUUCUUCAGGCACGAUACCGAAUGAGAAGGGACAGGACACAUUAUUUAAUCAUCUACAGAGCUGCUGUUGUCAUUCAAAACCACUAUCGUGCAUACCAAAAACAGCUCUGCCAGAGGCAGGAGUUCUUACAAGCUAAAAAAGCAGCAGUGUGCUUACAGGCAGCCUACAGGGGUUAUAAAGCACGCAAAAUGCUUAAACUUCAAUAUAGAGCUGCUAUUAAAAUUCAGACUGCUUUUCGAGCUCGUGCUGCGAGAAUGAAGUAUCGGGCUGCGAUUCAGGCCUCCAUUGUGAUUCAGAGAUGGUACAGAACUUGCAAGACUAGAAGCAGGCAAAGAUUGACCUUCUUAAUGACAAGAGCAGCUGUGCUUUCUUUACAAGCAGCAUUUCGUGGCUGGCAGGUACGAAAGCAGAUUCGAAGACAAUGUGCUGCUGCAACUGUAAUACAGGCUGCCUUCAGAAAAUUCCUAGCUCUGAAAAGAUUCAGACUUAUGAACCACGCUGUACUAAUUAUCCAAAAACAUUACAGAGCCAGUGUCAUAGGCCAAAAGCAACAGCAAGAGUAUAUUGCGCUGCGUAACUGUGUAAUACGUCUUCAGGCCAUAUGGAGGGGGAAAAUGGUGAGAAAAAAAAUUCAAAAGGAACACCAUCUCGCAACAAUUAUUCAGUCCUAUUACAAAAUGCAUGUAAAUCAACUAAAAUUUAAAAAAAUAAGACAUUCGACUUUAGUGAUUCAGGGAUAUUUCAGAGCUUACUAUAUGAAAAAACAACAACGUGCACUUUACCUAAAAACAAAGGCAGCAGCAUUAGUCUUGCAGUCUGCUUACCGUGGGAUGACUGUGAGGAAACAAUUGAGGCAACAAAGAAAAGCUGCUACAACCAUACAAGCAGCCUUCAGAUCGUACCUGAUGAAAAAGGACUAUGUAACACUUAGAUCUGCAACUAUAGUAGUUCAAAGGCACUAUCGUGCAGUUAUUCAUGCUAAAUGGCAAAAGCAAAAAUACUUAUCUUUAAAAACAGCUGUAGUCAAAAUGCAAGCAAUUUACAGAGGUGUGAAAGUCAGACGACAAAUUCAUUGUAUGCACCGAGCAGCUAUUUGUAUUCAAGCCAUGUUUAAGAUGCAUCGCAUAAACAUUAGAUAUCGGGCAAUGAGAAUGGCAGCAAUUAUAAUUCAAAGACAAUAUAGAGCGUUUUGUUUAGGUAAAGUGCAACGUAAGAAGUACUUGGCGCUUAAGAAAUCUGCCAUUAUCCUUCAGGCUGCCUGUAGAGGCAUGAAAGUUCGACGAGACUUAAAAACUAUGCACCAGUCAGCAGCAAUGAUACAGUCUUAUUAUCGAAUGCACAAACAACAAAGGGAUUUCAGAAACUUGUUGCUGGCAACUAGAAGGAUUCAGCAGUGGUUCCGUGCUUGUAAGGAGCGAAAUGCACAAGUUCAUAACUAUAUGACCGUGAGAAGGGCUACACUUCGUCUUCAGGCUGCGUUCCGUGGCAUGAAAACAAGAAGACUUGUAAGAACUAUGAGCGAAUCUGCUGAGCUUAUUCAAAGAAGAUUUAGAACUUUUCUGAAAAGAAAACAUUUUAUUUCCCUUAGGACAGCUGCUAUUGUAAUUCAGAGAAAAUACCGAGCAACAAAACUAGCAAAAAUUCAACGUCAAAAAUACCUCUCACUCCUUAAUGCUGCUGUUAUCAUACAGGCUGCCUACAGAGGCUUUGUGGUAAGGCAAAAAAUGCAGCAGAUGCAUCAAGCUGCUGUGGUCAUCCAAGCAACAUUAAGAAUGCGUAAAAUUUACAUUUCUUACCAAGCUCUAAGGCUUGCUUCGAUAAUCAUACAACAACGUUACCGUGCUUACAGGGAAGGGAAGCGUGUCAGAGAAAUAUACUUAAAACAGUACAAUUCUGUUUUAGUUCUUCAGGCUGCCUACAGGGGAAUGAAAACAAGAUGCUUCUUGAAGAAAAGGCAUGAGGCAGCACUUAUAAUACAGAGAAACUACCGAAUGUACAGGCAGUACCACCACUACAGAAAAGUUAAGUGGGCAAUCCAGCUAAUACAGAAGAGAUACCGAGCGAAUCACCUAAGGAAUGUUGCAGUACAGCACUACUCUUCAUUAAAGAAAGCAGUAAUUUGUAUUCAGAAGGCUUUUCGAGACAUGCGUUUAAAAAAACAGCUUCAAGAAAAACACCGUGCUGCUAUUGCUGUUCAGAAAAAUUUUAAAGCUUUUAGAGAACGUCAAAGGUAUCUCUCUCUUAAAGCAGCUACUCUUGUCUUUCAGAGAAGAUACAGAGCUUUGAUUCUGUCAAGGCAGCAUGCUCAGGAGUAUCUUCAUCUUCGCAGAGCAACCAUUCUUAUACAGGCUGUGUACAGAGGUAUCAGAGUGAGGAAGAGUAUUGAGCGUAUGCAUUUAGCAGCUAGUACAAUACAGUCAGCCUACAAAAUGCACAGGAAUAGAAGGUCCUAUCAAAAUAUGAGAAUUGCAGCCAUUGCUAUACAGAAUUACUAUCGAUCCUACAUUAAACAAAAGAAUCAACAGAAGGAAUAUCUGACAAUGAAGAAAUCUGCUCUUGUUAUUCAAGCAUCUUAUAGAGGCAUGAAGGAACGACAGAAACUGAAACUUAUGCAUGUUUCAGCAACUGUAAUACAAUCUAGUUAUCGAAUGUAUGUACAGCAUAGGUAUUAUAAACAGUUGUGCUGGGCAGUCAGAGUUAUACAACAAAGGUUCAGAGCCAAAGUAGCAAAAGAAGCUGACAUGGAAAACUAUGCAAAAAUAAAAAAGGCCAUAAUUUGCCUACAGUCCUCUUUUCGUGCUAAAAAAGCAAGGCAGUUGUAUAAAACCAAUCUUGCUGCGCUACGCAUACAAUCAUUUUUCCGAAUGCGUGUAGAAAGGAAGCGUUUUCUUGCAAAAAAAGCAGCAGCGAUAAUGAUUCAGUCUGCAUUCCGAUGCCAAAGAACAAGGACUCACUAUAAAUUGAUUCAGAAUUCAAUAGUUGCUAUUCAGAGGUGGUACAGAGCAUGCCACAGGGCUCGCUUACAGAAAGCAGAAUACUCUGCUCAAAAGCAAGCAAUAGUAAUUAUUCAGUCUGCCUGCCGUGGAAUGAAAGCAAGACAAACAGCAAGACAAAUACGAGCCGCAAGGAAGAUUCAGUCUUUUCUUUGGAUGGCUGUGCAUUGCAGAAAAUUUAUUCAACUUAAAAGAGCAGCUAUUACAUUAGAAUCCUAUUACUUAAUGCAUAAAGCUAAAUCACAGUAUGCAAGCUAUAAAAAAGCAGCAGUUGUCUUACAGCGAUGGUACCGAUCCUGCUUGAUUGUAAAAUGCCAAAGAACGACUUACUUACAAACCCGGAAGAAAAUUAUCAUUGUGCAGGCGAUGGUCAGGGGAUUCAUUGAAAAGAAGAGGUUUCACCAAAUGAAAGAAAGCGCAAUAAAGAUUCAGGCAUAUUUCCGUGGAUUUAUUCAGAGGCAACAAUACAUUCGGUGCAAGUCUUCUGCUUUAUUAAUACAGCAAUACUACAGAGCGUAUCGGAUGCGAAAUGUUGAACAACAAAGGUACAAUCAAAUCAAAAGAGCUACUAUUAGAAUUCAGGCAUCAUACAGAAGAUGUAAAGCCAGGCAGUGGGCUAACAAAAUGCGAGCAGCAAAAAUAAUUCAAGCAUGGUUUCGAGGCUACAAAGCACGAAAGGAAUAUGCAUCUGUUGUAAAAGCUGUACAUGUUAUUCAGAGUCACUUCAGAACAAAACAGCAGAGGACCUGGUUUUUGAAAAUGAAGUUAUGUGCACUUACUAUUCAAAGAAGAUGGAGAGCAACCCUUACUGCAAGAAUGGUUCAGCUUCAGUUUCUGGCAACUAAGAACGCUGCAGUUAAGAUUCAGUUGGCAUAUAGACAGUACAGGGCUAGAAGACUUUUAAGAAAGAAGCUUCAAGCUGCAUGUUUGAUCCAAGCAACAUACAGAUGUUUUAAGGAGAGAAGAAAAUUUAUUCAACAAAAAGCUGCUGCUGUGAUCAUCCAAAAACAUCUGAGAUCUUGGCAGGAAGGCAGGCUUCAAUUUAUGAAAUACAACAGAACUAGAAGAGCUAUCAUUAAACUGCAAGCAUUGAUACGGGGUUAUUUAGUCAGAAAAAAGAUUUCAGAACAGAAACAGAAGAGACUGCUUUGCUUUAUAGCAGCUGCAUAUCAUCAUGUCUCUGCAAUUAAAAUUCAAAGGGCCUAUAGGAUUCACCUCAUCUUAAAGCUUGCACAAAACCAUAUGUCAUCUGUUCUUACAAUACAGAGGUGGUUUCGAGCAAAAAUGCAACAGAAAAGAUUUCUAAGAGACUAUCAAAGAAUCAUUCAAUUGCAACGUAUGAUUCGAGGCUGGCUAAAUCGCAGAAACGAUGCAGCGACCAUAAUCCAACGAGGCAUACGAAGAUUUCUUGCCAGCAGACGUAACAGAAAAUUUGCCAUUGGAAUAAUUAAAUUUCAGGCAUUGUGGAGAGGUUAUUCUUGGAGAAAGAGUAAUGACACAGCAAAAACUAGAGCUUUAAGGCGCAGUUUGGAAAAGGCUAAUGAAAAGAGCAAAGAAGAAAACAAAUUGUGCAACAGAACCGCAAUUGCUAUUGAAUACCUUCUAAAAUACAAACAUCUUUCGUACAUUCUUGCAGCAUUAAAGCAUCUAGAGGUAGUUACCAGACUCUCCCCACUCUGUUGUGAAAAUAUGGUCCAGAGCAGAGCAAUCUUCACUAUUUUUGUUCUGAUUCGAAGUUGCAACCGGAGUGUUCCAUGUAUGGACGUGAUCAGAUACUCAAUUCAAGUUCUACUUAAUGUUUCAAAGUAUGAAAGAACUACUCAAGCAGUUUAUGAAGUAGAAAAUUCCAUAGAUACAUUACUAGACCUACUGCAAAUGUACAGAGGAAAAGCUGGGGACAAAAUUUCAGAGAAGGGAGGAAGUAUUUUCACAAAGACUUGUUGUUUGCUGGCUAUCCUUUCAAAGGACUCCAAAAGAGCUUUGGAAAUUCGAAGCUUGCCUAGAGCUGUUGCUUGCAUUCAAAGCCUCUAUAAACUUACAGCUCGUAAAUGCAAAAUGGAUGCAGAGAGAACACUUGUGAAACAGAAGACAAACCCUUUAAUUAGUGGAACUUCCUUUAUUCCAGUAACUCCUCUGAGGACAAAAACAGUUUCAAGAAUUAAACCAGACUGGGUUUUGAGGAAAGAUAACAUGCAAGAAAUUGUGGAUCCUCUCCAAGCAAUUCUGAUGGUCAUGGAUACACUUGGCAUUGCCUGCUACUGAAAUGUAAAUAAAAUUUAUGAAAGUGUUUUUGUACAGUAUGUAUGUAGGAGGCAGCUAAAUGAUUUUAAAAUAAAACAAAAAUAAAACAAAUGUGUUCACUACCCUUGAAAAUGUUUUUUUUUUUUCAAAUUGCAGAUAACCUUUUUGCAACUUUUUUGUAUUGUAUACAGCUUUUGAAAUCCUAUUCUGUACUACUACCUAAAGCAAUUGUACAAUAAAAUCAUAUGUUCUUUUUUCUAGUGCAGUGA